AUGGACAGACAGAGAAAAGAGGGUCUUUGCCAACUCCUUUGGACAUCUGCAGUAAGAAUGUCUUUCCCCCCUCAUUUGAAUCGCCCUCCCAUGGGAAUCCCAGCACUCCCACCAGGGAUUCCACCCCCACAGUUUCCUGGCUUUCCUCCACCUGUACCUCCAGGAACCCCAAUGAUUCCUGUACCAAUGAGCAUUAUGGCUCCUGCACCAACUGUCUUAGUACCCACUGUGUCCAUGGUUGGAAAGCAUUUGGGAGCAAGAAAGGAUCAUCCAGGUUUAAAAGUAAAGGAAAAUGAUGAAAAUUGUGGUCCUACUACUACUGUUUUUGUCGGCAACAUUUCUGAGAAAGCCUCAGACAUGCUCAUCAGACAGCUUCUUGCUAAAUGUGGUUUGGUUUUAAGCUGGAAGAGAGUACAAGGUGCAUCUGGAAAACUUCAAGCCUUUGGAUUCUGUGAGUAUAAGGAGCCUGAAUCUACCCUCCGUGCACUCAGGUUAUUGCAUGACCUGCAGAUUGGAGAGAAGAAACUACUUGUUAAAGUUGAUGCAAAGACAAAGGCACAACUGGAUGAAUGGAAAGCAAAGAAGAAAGCUUCUAAUGGGACUGCCAGGCCAGAAACUGUCACUAAUGAUGACGAAGAAGCCUUAGAUGAAGAAACUAAGAGAAGAGAUCUGAUGAUCAAAGGGGCUAUUGAAAUUUUAAUACGUGAAUACUCCAGUGAGCUCAAUGCCCCUUCACAAGAAUCUGACUCUCACCCCAGGAAGAAGAAAAAGGAAAAGAAGGAGGACAUUUUCCGCAGAUUUCCAGUGGCACCUCUGAUCCCAUAUCCACUCAUCACUAAGGAAGAUAUAAAUGCAAUAGAAAUGGAAGAAGACAAAAGAGACCUGAUAUCCCGAGAGAUCAGCAAAUUCAGAGAUACACACAAGAAACUGGAAGAAGAGAAAGGCAAAAAAGAAAAAGAAAGACAGGAAAUUGAGAAAGAACGGAGAGAAAGAGAGAGGGAGCGUGAAAGGGAACGAGAAAGGCGAGAACGAGAACGAGAAAGGGAAAGAGAACGUGAACGAGAAAAGGAGAAGGAACGGGAGCGGGAACGAGAACGGGAUAGGGAUCGUGACCGGACAAAGGAGAGAGAUCGGGAUCGGGAUCGAGACAGAGACCGUGACCGCGAUCGGGAAAGGAGUUCAGAUCGGAAUAAGGAUCGGAGUCGAUCAAGAGAAAAGAGCAGAGAUCGUGAAAGGGAACGGGAGCGGGAAAGAGAGAGAGAGAGAGAACGUGAACGAGAAAGAGAACGUGAACGAGAAAGGGAGCGUGAAAGGGAACGGGAGCGAGAAAGAGAAAAAGACAAGAAGAGGGAUCGAGAAGAGGAUGAAGAAGAUGCAUAUGAACGGAGAAAACUUGAAAGAAAACUUCGAGAGAAAGAAGCUGCUUAUCAAGAGCGCCUUAAGAAUUGGGAAAUCCGAGAACGGAAGAAAACCCGGGAAUAUGAGAAAGAGGCUGAGAGAGAAGAGGAAAGGAGAAGAGAAAUGGCAAAAGAAGCUAAACGACUAAAAGAAUUUUUAGAAGAUUAUGAUGAUGAUAGAGAUGAUCCCAAAUAUUACAGAGGAAGUGCCCUUCAGAAAAGAUUGCGUGACAGGGAAAAAGAAAUGGAAGCAGAUGAACGGGAUAGGAAAAGAGAGAAGGAAGAGCUAGAGGAAAUCAGGCAGCGACUUCUGGCAGAAGGGCAUCCGGAUCCAGAUGCAGAGCUUCAGAGGAUGGAACAAGAGGCUGAGAGGCGCAGACAACCACAAAUAAAGCAAGAACCAGAAUCAGAAGAAGAGGAAGAAGAGAAGCAAGAGAAAGAAGAAAAACGAGAGGAACCUGUGGAAGAGGAGGAAGAGCCAGAGCAGAAGCCCUGUCUUAAACCAACUCUGAGGCCCAUCAGUUCUGCCCCAUCUGUUUCCUCUGCCAGUGGCAAUGCCACCCCCAACACUCCUGGGGAUGAGUCUCCCUGUGGUAUUAUUAUUCCUCAUGAAAAUUCUCCAGAUCAACAACAACCUGAGGAACAUAGGCCAAAAAUAGGACUGAGUCUUAAACUGGGUGCUUCCAAUAGUCCUGGUCAACCUAAUUCUGUGAAGAGAAAGAAACUUCCUGUAGAUAGUGUCUUUAAUAAAUUUGAAGAUGAAGACAGUGAUGAUGUACCCCGAAAAAGGAAACUGGUUCCCUUGGAUUACGGUGAAGAUGAUAAAAAUGCUGCCAAAGGCACUGUAAACACUGAAGAAAAGCGCAAACACAUUAAGAGUCUCAUUGAGAAAAUCCCUACAGCCAAACCUGAGCUUUUUGCUUAUCCCCUGGAUUGGUCUAUUGUGGACUCAAUAUUGAUGGAACGGCGAAUUAGACCUUGGAUUAAUAAGAAAAUUAUAGAAUACAUAGGUGAAGAAGAAGCUACAUUAGUUGAUUUUGUUUGUUCUAAGGUUAUGGCUCAUAGUUCACCCCAGAGCAUUUUAGAUGAUGUUGCCAUGGUACUUGAUGAAGAAGCAGAAGUUUUUAUAGUCAAAAUGUGGAGAUUAUUGAUAUAUGAAACAGAAGCCAAGAAAAUUGGUCUUGUGAAGUAA